UCUGCGAUCGCAGCAUCCAUCCCUCCGCUCUCCCCGCGCCUGGGCCUACCUCGCCUCGGGCUCCCCACCAAGCUAUGUGCUUGCAGCGGAUCUAGAUCCCGACGGAGCCACCCUCUCCGAGGCCUCGGCGGGACGCCCCUCUCGCCGCCCAGGGCCAGGGAUAAGGAGACCUGCCGAGCCCAGGACAUGGAGGCCAUCUGGCUGUACCAGUUCCGGCUCAUUGUCAUAGGGGAUUCCACGGUGGGCAAGUCCUGUCUGAUCCGCCGUUUCACUGAGGGCCGCUUUGCCCAGGUUUCGGACCCCACCGUGGGGGUGGAUUUUUUCUCCCGUCUGGUGGAGAUCGAGCCAGGAAAACGCAUCAAGCUCCAGAUCUGGGAUACCGCGGGUCAAGAGAGGUUCAGAUCCAUCACUCGAGCCUACUACAGGAACUCAGUAGGUGGUCUUCUCUUAUUUGACAUUACCAACCGCAGGUCCUUCCAGAAUGUCCAUGAGUGGUUAGAAGAGACCAAAGUACACGUUCAGCCCUACCAAAUUGUAUUUGUUCUGGUGGGUCACAAGUGUGACCUGGAUACACAGAGGCAAGUGACUCGCCAUGAGGCAGAGAAACUGGCUGCUGCGUACGGCAUGAAGUACAUUGAAACGUCAGCCCGAGAUGCCAUUAAUGUGGAGAAAGCCUUCACAGACCUGACGAAAGACAUAUAUGAGCUGGUUAAAAGGGGGGAUAUUACAAUCCAGGAGGGCUGGGAAGGGGUGAAGAGUGGAUUUGUACCAAAUGUGGUUCACUCUUCAGAAGAGGUUGUCAAAUCAGAGAGGAGAUGUUUGUGCUAGUCAGGCCUUUUUAUUUCCAAAACACGCUCUCCCAUCUGAACUUAAAAGUGAUGGAAAUGAAUAGAAUCCUUCUGUGACUGAAGAGAACUCAACCUUCAUUUUGGAUACCAAGUGAGCCUCCUUCCCAAGGGGCACUCCGACAGCUUAUGAGCAGGUGGAUGGGGAGCCUGGGUGCUGUGACUGAGGGACUAAAUUACUGGCAUGGGCCAGGCACUGUUUUAUGGCCCGUGCUGGGCAGUGGCUGCUCUGUGUGCCCUUUGUGGACCACAUGUCAAGAGCCUGAGGUUUGGGUAUCCAGGCCCCAGAAAAAUACAUCCACAGACAAGACAACUAUUUCUUGGUAUUUUAGCUUAUUCAUAGGUCAUGAACACAAAGACAUGAUGUAAUAGGGGAAAAGUAUAUCGUUGGGAACAAUUAGCAAAAAUUUUUAAAAAGAACUGAGAUCAUCUUUAUCAGUGAGAUUAUCCUAUACCAAGUGUGUAUGCUGGGUUUGGUUAAAAGGUACAAAUUGGCUUCUAAAGAGCUCAUCUGUAAAAUGAGGGGUGUGGACCAGCUAUUUACUAAGACCCUUUCAAGAUCUAAUGUUCUAGUAAAAUUGGUGUGAAUAUGAAAAGGGAGGCUAUUUACACACUGCUAUUAUCACAUUGGGAAAAAUGUACGCCCUUGUGAUAAAAUAACCAGCUGUAUGAAAGAAACUGUCCCAUGCAAAAUAUCCUGUAAGUAGAAGAAACACUAACCCAAACAUCAUGCCCUCUUUUCCCUCUGACCAUGCCUGGGGUUUCUUCUGCAUUGGCAGAAGUAAACAAUGUGCCUGUCUCUUUGAGUCAUGGAAACAAUACAGGGAUUGCCUCUGAAAAAAGAGGCAAACACUCGCUCAUCAGUCCUGUACUGAGUACCUGCUCAACAGGAGGCGCUAUAACCCUUAUAAACACAGUACAGUAACUAGAAUUACUUAUUUGAUCAUCAUAAUAGGCCUGUGAGAUUUUCUUACUCAUGUUAUGAAAGUAAACUAAGAGGCAGGAGAUUCACUUGGCCAAGGUGAAGUUCUCUCGACUCCUAGUUCUUGUUUCACUGCAUUGUCCUGCUGUCAGAUGAAUGAACUGUUAUUAAUUUGUUCACUUUGGAAGAGAUAUGACUGUAAAUAAAUGUUCUCUACAUGUUAGGAUAUGUUUCUUUAUUGAUUGCAACUCAGCUAUAAUCCUGAGGGAACCUAGGGAUGAAUCAAAGGUAAAGCCCAUUCAGGUAUUACUGAUAAGAGGGUUUAAACAAGUGAAUAAUUGCACAACUGAAAACACAUUAGAACUGUGUAUGCUAGAAGUGUUCUUAUCACUGAAACACAGUGGUCAUAUUAUUGAAAGGAACCAAAUAUAGCAGUGGGAGGUGGGAUGGGGAUAAAAUA